UCUUCCACAACUAUUGUCUUAAUUCUGCCAAGYGUAAAUAUUCAGUUCGCGGGAUAUUCUGUUUGUUUCUUCAAUAGGUUGUGUGAACUUCAUGCUAAUGUCUUUCUACAAACAGAGGUUUCUCUUUAGCUUCGCGCUUGUUAGUUUAGCAUGCAUUUAUAACGGUUUGGUGUCUGGACAUGGCAUGUUGCUGGAUCCGCCGGGUCGUUCUUCCCGCUGGCGCUACRAUUCUACAGCRCCCACGAACUAUGAUGAUAAUGGCUUGAAUUGCGGUGGUAUGUCGGUUCAAUGGGAAGAAAACAAUGGUAAAUGUGGACUUUGCGGUGAUAAUUAUGCAAUGUCCAUGCCGAGAGCAAACGAAAUCGGCGGUUAUUAUGGUGGUUCGGGUGUGAUAACCAAAGAAUUUCGUGACUCCUACACAGCUAGUGUAGGUGUACGCAUCACCACCAAUCACUUGGGCUACUUCCAUUUUGAUCUUUGCAAUCUGAGUGAAUUCGGCGACGAGUCCGAAAACUGUUUCGCGAAAUAUUCACUACGUUUUGUAGAUGGAUCUGAUCGUCUAUACAUUGGUAGCACAGGAGGUUUGAUUGUUGCAGACCUUGUUUGGCCCGAACAAUUGAAUUGCGAGCAUUGUGUGCUGCGUUGGACUUAUACCGGUGGCAAUAACUGGGGUCCUUGUGGAAAUGGUACAGGCGCUUUGGGUUGUGGACCGCAGGAAACCUUUGUUAAUUGCGCUGAUAUCAGUAUUGCUUUCCCAACUACUGACUCUCCAAAUGUCUAUCGUCCGGAUGUAUAUUCCGUGGAGGACAAUUUCAACGAUGAGGUACCAGAUUAUGGCGAUAUAAAUGAAAAUUAGGACUAAGURUGCCCUGCCAAAAGUUCUGUUACAWGUUCAGAUCGUUACAAAAAUUAAACUAUAUAAAAUAAAUUUUAUUGAUAUACUAAAUUUUAUUCGAAA